AUCGAGACAAUCCGACCAGGUUUAGGCCCUCAGGUUCAGAAAGCGUUCCUUCAAAACCAAAGUCAAUUUCAGCUCUCGCCUUCGCAGCAGCAACAACAAUAACAGAUCUUGGCUCAGGUUCAAGGUCAAGGAAAUAUGAGCACUUCGUCCAUGUAUGGAGGAGACAUGAACUCGAAAGAUUGUCAACAGAAUGCAAAUGAUGGAUCUGUAGGUUCCCCUAUGCAAUCGAGCUCGUCAAAACAUAUCAACAUGCCGCCAGUACAGCAAUCUUCUUCUCAGGGACAAGAUCCUUUACUAUCUUCAGAGCAGGUAUUUAUGUUGAUAUAUAAUGUGGUUUGUUGGUCCAAAUUAGUAUAUUCUUCAGUUUGUGAGAUGAAUGAGCCACAACUUCCGCUUCGUGUGUUUGAUAGAACAACCACAACUAACACCUCUCUCUCUCUCUCUCUCUCUCUCUCUCUUUCAGAUGAAUCAUAGGACAACGAAGGAGAUUGAGGAACUAGAGCUGACGCCACUGACACAGCCUUCUCUGGAAAUGAAGGAAAGUUGGGUUCUCAAACCAACUUCCGCCAAGAAAAAGAAGAAAUUUUCUGUUGCUUGCCUCGCAAGCAACAUAAAAUUACUUCUAUGGCUUGGAGGACUCUCGGGUGUGUCUUGCAUCAUCGCGAUAACACUGUCGAAGACUCUUCCUCACGACCACAACGUUCCACCACGAACGAAAGACAAUAGCAUCAUUGCUAUUCCAUUGGCAUUGAAGUUUUUCAAUGCCCAAAUAUCCGGAAAACUCCCAGAGUGGAAUAACGUGUCUUGGCGGGGAGAUUCUUGUUUGAAUGAUGGUGGGAGCCUUUACCCUAAUUUGGCAGGAGGAUAUUAUGAUGCUGGAGGUUCUAUCAAGUCCAGCUUCACUAUGUCUUUCUCGAUGACAAUGUUGAGCUGGAGUGUCAUUGAAUAUGGCUCAAAAUAUGACGUUUCUGGAGAACUCAACCACGUCAAAGGACUCAUAAAAUGGGGAAGUGAUUAUUUCCUCAAGACUUUCAGUAGCAGUUCUGAUACAAUAUCUGACAUGGUGUCGCAGAUAGGAAUGAGUGGACAAAGCAAAAUCCCUAAUGACAACUACUGCUGGAUGAGGCCAGAGGACAUUAAUUACAAAAGGGACUUCACUGUGUGUCACACUAACUGUCCGCAUCUAGCUGCAGAGAUGGCAGCUGCCCUCGCCUCCGCAUCCGUCGUGUUCAGAGACCAAGUCGAGUACUCUGCAACACUUGUUCGCAGUGCCAAAUCGAUGUACUCGUUCGCUGAGGCUAUGAGUUCCAAAAUGAAAAGCUCAGAGCACUGGGAUGACCUCAUAUGGGGAGGAGCAUGGAUGUAUUAUGCCACGGGAGAUAACACCUAUCUUGCGAAGGUAACCAGUCACGAAUUAGCGAACCGUGCCGGUGCCUUCUCGCGCGGCCCUCAUUAUGGUGUCUUCGGGUGGGACAACAAGCUUGCUGGGACACAGUUGCUCUUGACUCGGCUGAGGCUGUUCCUCAGCCCUCCCUUUCCUUAUGAAGACAUGUUGAAAACCUUUCACGAACAAACCAGCAUAGUAAUGUGCUCGUACUUGCCUGACUACACCAAAUUUAACAGAACAAAAGGUGGUUUGAUCCUGCUGAACCAUGGCGAACCAGAGCCUCUCCAAUAUGCUGCGAAUGCAGCUUUCCUCGCAACCCUCUACAGCGACUACCUGGAUGCGUCUGAUACUCCUGGAUGGUACUGUGGCCCAAGUUUCUUCAAAACUCAGGUCCUACGUGACUUUUCAACAUCUCAGGUUGACUACAUACUAGGCAAGAACCCACAGAAUAUUAGUUACGUUGUGGGGUUUGGGAAGAAAUAUCCAAAACAUGUACAUCACAGGGGAGCUUCGAUCCCCAAGAACAAGAAAGUGACUUGCGAAGGAGGUUGGAAGUGGAAGGAGAGCAGUAACGAGAAUCCAAACACGAUUGAAGGUGCAAUGGUCGCUGGACCUGACAAGAAUGACGGCUUCCACGACGUACGUGCAAACUACAACUACACACAGGCCACUCUGGUGGGAAACUCAGGUCUUGUGGCAGCCCUUGUAGCCUCGUCCCGAGGGGGUGGAGGACUUGACAGAAACGGCAUCUUCGCAGCCAUUACUCCUCUGUCGUUGGCACAGCCGUCUCCGGAUCCUGAGACUUGAUCAAGAAGAUCUUCUCUGUUUAUUAUUGGACUUGUUUUCCCUGUUUCUUCAUGUUCUCGACAGUUCUUUAUGCUUUCUUCAACUCCCUGAUCUGUUCUUUAACAUACUUUGUCCGUCACUAUCCAACUGUCCAAGUCUCGGAUAGGAGGAUCUAAUGGAGUUCUUGUUUCUGCUUGACUUCUUUCUGAAUGUUUCAACAAGGUUGGUCAUGUGUUUGACGAUCACAACACUAUACCGCUGCAUGUGUUCCUGAUGUGUUGAUUCCACAUUGCUUCCUUGGGCUAUAUUUCGUCCUAAAGCAGACGCCGCUACA